AUGGGAAGAUCAUCCCCCCAAGGGCUCACCACCCAAGAUUUUCAUCAUCAGUCAUUCGUCAAUCCUCGGGAUGUGUUCCCUUCAAGAUCGAGGCUAGCAACUCGUGCCCAUGGGUUGCGAACACCGGUAAAGAGCGGCAACUCCUCUAGAAGUCCAUCCGCAUUUUCACUGGAUUCCCGCAAGUUCGCCUGUUGCAAAGCAGACGAAGACGAGGAUGAAGGUCCGCCAUUUCACUCUUCUGGGGUCCUCGAUUGCUGCGCCGACGAUGGCGGUCCACCCGAUUGUUGUGAAGAGGUUCGUCAUAACUCUCCCAGUGCCAUGGAUUGUGAAGACUGUGUCGACGACUGUGAGGACUGCGAAGAAGAGCAUCACAUGUUCAACCAGCAGAAGAUCACCGCUGCUACUGUUACAGACUUCCUCGAUGAUUGUGAAGAAUGUCACCAAGAACACGAUAAGAAUUGUACCCGUCCCGACUGUGACUUUUCUUGCUUCGACUGCAUCGAUUGGAAUGAAUUUGAACGGGACAAAUCGCUUGGGCUUUCCUACGCAGUGCCACUGUUAGGUGACGAUGGGUUCAACUUACCCCAUCCGUCCCUCGACGAGAUGGAUAUGUUGGACUAUUCAACCCCAGCACUGCUCGACCCCCAACCAGAAGUAAUGGCACCACCCCUAGACGUCCCCAUGCAUCAUCAGUGCCUGGGAGAUGCUGUUCCUUACUGGACUGGGUUGCUGGAUGCUCAAUUCUGCAACGGCAACCUUGUGCCUGGUUCACAGACGCAACAAUAUCCCCUACCACCAUUCGGCCUCGAAUACGGUUGUCACCCAGCAGCCGCACAUCAACAAAUGCUCUUACCAAAUUUUACCACCAACACAUCCUCGGGAUAUGCCCCUGCAUCCGUCGACUCGACACCAAUUCCGACGCCUCCGACUCCGACUUCCAUCCCAGAAGGGCCACUCACCGACACCAAGGCUCUCAUAUCAGCCAUUUCCGCCCCGUCCACCUCCCGUGCAUGCCAAUGGAUCAUGCCCUGUGGUACAGUCUGCGGUGCGAGCUUUGCUUCGACGACCGACCUCAAGAAACACCUGAAGACCAUCCAUCUGAUCAAAGGCGUCACCAAAUGCAAUUGGCAAGCCUGUGACAGCGCAAGCUUCGCCUCGGAAGCUGCUUUGACAGGACACAUCUCGAAGAAACACUUGGCCCCACUGGCCACCUCGACAAUCAACACGACCACCACAACGAUAAUCGGUCCCGACGGUCAAGCAACCACGACAUCACACCCAACAAUCACCACAACCAACAACAGCGAAGGCCUCUUCAAAUGCACAUUCCCCGGCUGCACCAAAUCGUUCAUGUACAAGCAAGUGCGCGACGAGCACGUCGCGUCCUCGCACAACGGAAACAAGAUGUACUGCCACAUCUGCGGCCAGUUCCUGAACGGUGAAGGCUCGAACUUCAAGCGCCACAUGGCGACCCACAGACCGAAGCAUCAACAUAUGCUGUGUAAGUUCCAUGGUUUGGGCUGUAAGCGAAGAUUUCCGAGGCUGGACAAUCUGCGACGUCACGAGGCGUGCUGCAAGUUUGGGAAGAAAGCCGCGUUGAUGAACGGUUCUGGUGCCGCCGCGGCUGGGGUGGGGAGCAUCAGUACUGGAAAGAACGCGCAUCAUCACCAUCACACGCAUGUCCAUGUGCCGAAGGAAUAG